GGAAGCUGGACACUGCCAAAGAGACUUUGGCCUCCCCAAGAACUGCGUGGCUGAUCCAGGAGAACGUUGGUGUGGCGUUCCAGUGGAGAACCUCUUUGCUUUCUACAAGAUCAAAUUAAUUGCACAGAACCAGCAGCUGUGGACUGACUCCUCGGAGAAAUGUGUCCAUGGAAUGAGCAUUGUGAAACUGAGUCCACCAGUAUUGAACGUGGUUGUACCCCAAAGCCACUGCCUCCAACCACAAUGGAACCAGCCUGGGGACGAGCUGAUAUCGGCAACGGAGGCCCAGUACGAGAUCCGGUACUGUGACCUGAUGGAGCUCUCUUGCCUGCAGGUAAAUUUUACAACCCUGGAGAAUGCUCCCCUUUCUGCAAACAUCUGUGGGCUGUUCCCCUUUACCAACUACUCUUUGCAAGUCCGGGCAAAAUAUCUGCAGAGUUCUGCUUUCCAAAGUGAUGGUGAUGCCUUUUGGAGCAACUGGAGCUUGGAGACAUUUGCAAGGACCCUUCCAGCAGUGCCUUCCCGAGGGCCAGCAUUCUGGAGGAAACUAGGAAACCCCACUGCUGACAAAAAGAGGGCGGUUGUCUUGAUGUGGAAGCCCUUGAAGCCCAAGGAAGCCAACGGUGAGAUUUUGGGGUACAGCCUCCUCUCUCAGAGGAAAGGGGAGCUCACGGCGCCCGAAUGCAUCACUCACCACCUGCGGUGUCGGCUGGUCCUCCCGGCCGGCGAAGAAUUCGCCUUUUAUCUCACCGCCAAAAACAGAGUUGGCAUCUCACCUCCAACCAAGCUGGUGAUUCCAGCCUUCCCUAACCCAGAAGUCCCGCCUUCCCCCCUGUCCAUCCUCGUGUCCUCAGCAGGGGACCACUCCCUCCUCUUACAGUGGUCUCUUCCCAGCACCCCAAGGAUGGACUUUGUUCUGGAAUGGAAAAAACUGCCCGAGGAGGAAGAGGAAGACCCACACUGGCAGUAUGAGAAUGUCAACCACGCUGUCAUUACUGAAGCCAUCGAGCCUGGGAAUCGUUAUGCCGUGAAGAUCUUUGGACUCUUAGAUGGCCGUCUCAGAGCCUUUGGUUCGACUCACGCUUACUCCAAGCAAAUCGCUCCACGUCGGGCCCCGGCUUUGUAUCCCACUCAGGUCUGGAAAUCUUGGGUGGAGCUGCAGUGGGAGAGGCUCCCCUUGGAAGAACAAGGUGGCGAGAUCCAGAACUACACCCUCUACUACAAGGAAGAGAAGAAGGAGGCCUAUCGGGCCGUGGUGCUGGACGGCUCAGUGCAUCACUACGUCAUCAACGGCUUGGCCCCCGGCUCAACUGUGAGGGUGUACAUGGUGACGGCCAACGAAGGCGGGAGCACCAGAGGAUCCUUGCUGUCCAUCCGCACUAAGAACUAUG